UUCUUCCUGGACAAUAUUGUUAAGAAUUGGAAGGGGCUGCCCAGGUAGGUGGUGGAGUCCCCAUCCCUGCAGGUGUGCAAGGAAUGCCUUGGACACCUGCCACGCCAUGGCACUUAGUGCUGUGGUGUGGGUGACAAAGUGCAGAUGGGUCAAAGGUUGGACUUGAUGGUCUGGGAGGUCUUUUCCAGCCUGACUGAUUCUGAGGUUGGGAUAGUGUUGUGGUAUCAGUGUUGUUUGUCCAGGACAUGCAGUACCAUGACAUGGUGUUGUGGCCUCCAAGGGUAGCAGUGGUGUAACAGUGUCUGCAAGCGUUGUGACAGGGGCUGAGGCAACCCAGCAGGUACAAAAUUGUCUGCUGAGGGGGUGUGUGCCUUCUGUGGUUUUAACUAAAACUUCUAAUGCCCUGCGCACGAGAAAGAGUAAGUGAUGUUUUCCCAUAAUUGUUCAAGCUUUUCUGCUUUGUCCUUUCAAUAUCUGGAAUGUACUGUCAAAGGUGGAUACCUGCAUUUGGUAGAGAUAAGUACAAUUCAACUUUUUUCCUCAGCAUCCUUUGCAGAAACAGAGAUCAGGUGGAAUUUACUUUAAAGAUACUCUGUACUUGUGUUUAUCACAUCAAUAGCUUCAGUGGCAGAACGGGAGUCAAAACUUGUGUUUGCCCUUCAUAGCAAACAAAUGUGUUUGGAAGUAUGCAUGCAACUAUAUCUGUUCCAAAUUUCUCAACAAUUUCUGAUCAAGUUGGGGAGCUGAAUGGGGCUGGUAACAUGGGAUAAUACAGGAAGGUUAUCCUGCUUCACAGAAGAGAGUUUGAAUUGCUGUAGCCCUUCCUCAGGCCUUUGCUAAUUCUGUAUUUAGCUAUGCAAUACAACUAGCUGCAAGAUCAGGCUUGGGGGGGGAGGCAGGAAAGAUCUGGAUGGAUUUUCUAUUCAGCAGUUUCAUUUUGUUUGCUUUUGCCUGUGUGUGGAUCCUGAGUGCUGAUUAAAGCAAACUCUGUUGAAGUGCUGUAAACGCUGUGAGCAGCAGCUGCUGUUGUGCAUCAGCAGUUCAGAGCCCAGUGUGAUGCUUUAGACAGAGACACAGUAUUGCCUGUGGAUCGAUUUCCUGUGGACACUCUUGAGGCAAAAGGACAGCCAGAGAUGGUCAGAGGGAUGGAGCUCCAUGAGGAAAGGCUGGGAGAGCUGGGAUUGCUCAGCCUGCAGAAGAGAGGGCUCUGUAGAGACGUAAUUGCACCUUCCAGUGCCAGAAGGGAGCCCACAGGAAAAGUGGGGAGAGACUUUUUACAGGGACCUGGAGUGACAGGGAAAGGGGGAAUGGCUUCAAACUGACAGAGAGUAGGUUUAGGUCAGAUAUUAGGAAGAAAUUCCUGACUCUGAGAGUGGUGAGGCCCUGGGACAGGGUGCCCCGUGAUCCCUGGGAGUGUUCAAGGCCAGGUUGGAUGGGGGUUGGAGCAGCCUGAGGUAGUGGAGGGUGGCACAAGGUGUUGUUUAUGGAUGUCUGAAGGUCCCUUCCAGCACAAACCAUUCUGUGAUUGCAUCUUUAUUUAUGUCUACUGCAAAUUGUCCUGUGACUGUGUUGCAUAGAACAUUACCAAAGGAACAUUCUAUUUCAUUCAUUCUACUUCCCUGCUUUUGCCAGAUAUGUUAAAUUUCCCAUGUGCUCUUUCUACAGCCCUGCCUGACUCUUGCAGAGAAACAUUUCUUCAUGUGAUGAGUGUCCCUGAUCUCAGAGGAGGAACUCAGGAGAGUAGAUGUUCCUUGCUGUGGGUAGCAGGUGCAGAAAUAGGUCCCAAAUUCAGAAUGUCUUCCAAGCAAAUGCAGCUGGUGGUGGCUUGGGUUGUGCAAGUGUGAUAAAGGACAUUUGGCUGCUACAGUUAAUUGCCACCACGCCCUUCCCCCAUGAGGUAAAAGAAAACACCAUGGAAAACCAUUCUAGUGAAAGCUCUGAUGGGGCACAGCUGAAGGAGCUCAUACCUUAUCUCUAAGCAGUUUGCAGUCUUCAGUUGCAGACAGACUUUCUAAAUUAUAGAAAAUUCUAGAACCUGUCAUUUUCACUCACUUGUUUUAUGAAGUGACAUCACUGUAUUUGUAAAACUCCCGUCAAGUCUGGUGGUGUGGUCCUGUCUGUAUCUUGUGUGUGAAUAAACAUUUUCUCCAGCCUUUCUAUGUAAGUUUUGCAAAAUCAAUGGGUUUUGUGGAAGUGCUUUGUUUACCUGUGACUGAUGCUCAUAGACACUAAUGCUUUCCCUUAAUAUCUGGCAGGCCAGAAGAAUGUUUGAGGGAGAAAUGGCAAGCCUGGAAGCCAUCCUGAAAACACAGACAAUAAAAGUGCCUAAACCCAUGAAAGUAGUAGACCUGCCCGGGGGCAGUACGGCGUUUGUGAUAGAACAUUUGGAAAUGCAGGGCUUGAACAGGCACUCAGCACUGCUUGGAACUCAGCUGGCUGAUCUUCACCUUCAUAACCAGAAACUUGGAGAGAAGCUGAAGAAAGAAGGGAGCGUAGUUGGUAAAGGUCAAGGGCAAUCAGAAGUCCAGUUUGUGGAUCAGUUUGGCUUUCAUACAGUUACCUGCUGUGGUUAUCUUCCACAGGUGAACGACUGGCAGAGUGACUGGGUGACCUUCUUUGCUAGACAGAGGAUCCAGCCCCAGAUGGACAUGGUUGAAAAGAAAUCAGGUGACAAAGAAGCAAGAGAACUUUGGGCACAGCUUCAGCUGAAGAUACCCAGUCUGUUCUGUGAUGUGGAAAUCGUUCCUGCUCUCCUGCACGGGGAUCUCUGGGGAGGAAAUGUAGCUGAGGAUGAUUCUGGUCCGAUUAUCUUCGAUCCGGCUUCUUUCUAUGGCCAUUCAGAGUACGAGCUUGCAAUAGCUGGGAUGUUUGGUGGCUUCAGCAGUUCUUUUUAUUCUGCUUACCACAGUAAAAUCCCCAGAGCUGCAGGGUUUGAGAAACGCCUGAAGCUUUACCAGCUGUUCCACUUCAUGAACCACUGGAACCAUUUUGGUUCAGGGUACAGAGGGUCUUCUUUAAACAUUAUGAGAAACCUUGUAAAGUAACUUGCUGCUAAAGCCAAAUACUUCCUGUGUUGUUUGGAGAGCCCCAUACUUGGUGGUGCAGCUGCAGGAGUAGUAAUGUUAAAAACAACCUGUGUGACCCUUGAUCUUGUUAAAGACCUAGAGCCAGUGUCUCCUGCUGAAUACCAAGUGUAAAAUAGCCAUCCCUUUGUAGGAUAGUUGGGGAUAACUCUACAAGGGAAAAAAUUUAGGAAGGAGUUUACUCAUUUGCACAGUGAAUAAAGGUCUCAGUGUCUAGAAAGCACAUGAGACUGUGCAGGGUGAUACAAUUUUAGAUGCCUAAAAGAAGUUGCUUGUUGCAUUUUGCUGUGUCUUCCUCCCUCUUACAGCUCUUCAUGUCCAGUUGUGUGCAUGAGAGCAAUGUUAACAACAAAGCUGGAAAGCACAGGAGAAUUAUGUAACAGAACUGUGAGAAGGGAUUUGGACUUGUAUUAAUUUUCACAGAAUCAGAGUGGGUGAGGUUGGGGGGGAUCCCAGAAUGCCAUCUAGUCCAACCUCCCUGCUAAGCAGAGUACUGAGGAUUGGGUCCAGAGGCUUUUAAAGGCCUCCAGGGUUUUGCUGAUUGAUUCCAUUGGAUGCAGACUGGGGGUGCCUCCUGGAGUGCUUGUAGGCUGUUCUGUGCUUUCUGGUCAGUGGGCUUUUAUCCACAGCAAUUCUGCUCCCACCAGAACUACUUGUCUUCCUUUUUUGGAUUAUGCUUUUGUCCAGUAGUGUACAUUUUUAGAGCACUUUCCAGGUAAGACACUUUCCAUGUACACACCUUGUGGAGGUGUAUUCUCUAAUGAAAUAAAACCUGCACAUGCUUCAUAUGUAUGACUAAAGUGAGUCAAAAUCCACCUAAUCAUGAAACAACCUCAGCUGGCACUUUGUGUUUUCCACACCUGUAGAGAAAACAAUAAAAAUAUAACUUAAAAGGGGAAGGAGGUCAGGGGAGACUCCUGGGAUGGCUCACAGGCUGUAACCCUCUGCUUUUCCACAUGAAUUCCUAUCAGCUAAUUUUAUAAGGGGAUACUACUGCUUGUGUUUUCUGAUACCAGUGUGUUUAUCCACAAUAGUUUAUCAACUUAUUCUGGCACAAGGAUCAGUAAACCACAGUGUUUAUGUCACUGGGACCACAAAUGUGCCCAUUGUCAAGGCUGCACUGUUUGUACAUCUGUGCUCAUGAGAGUUCCAAUGCAGACUUAGAGUGCUGCACUGUUCACUCUAAAACUUUCUGUGUAAAGGUCUCCCAGGGCCUCAGACCUGCCAGGAAGGGGAAGGUGUAGACACCUCUGGGCUCAGUACUUCUCUGGAUAACCUGGAAAGCAAGGGGGUCUGCCUUUCCUAAACUCUCACCUGGCAGUCCCCACUAAGUGCAUGCUGUGGCUGUUGUGGUAAGAGACAUGAAAAGGAAGGUGACUGUAACUCACAGAGCAGCACUUCACCCUGUCAGAAGUCCUUGAUGACAGUUCCACAGACUGUGGCUUUAAUACUGAAUUUUUGUACUCUUUUGAUGUAGGCUGGUAGUGAUGCUUCUGUGCAAGCCUGCCAGGUAGGUGAGAGAGAUGCAUGAUAUCUAACAUGCACUUUGUUGGGGAAUGGUUUUAUCAACUAAAACUGCUUUGCACUGGAUACUGGCAGAUUACUGAGGGUUUUCUAGUUGCUAGUUUGUCAGUUACUUACACAAAUGGGAAACAUAUUUGGAGAAGACUGGUAUUUGGUACUACUUUCCUUAAUUCUACUACUUUUCUCACUGGCUGUUGAACUUUUGCAGCAAAAAAUCUGCUUGGUAGAAUAGGUUUUACUUUUACCUUGUGACCUGAAUAAAAGGUUUCCCAGCUGA